AUUUCAGGAGUUCAGUUUCUUUAUUAAAGCCAGCUUCACAGGUUCUGCAGUCUCUGACAAGCAUUUCAGCUUCAGUUUACACUCAGUGCAGUGUGCACCCACUACCGUGUAAAAACAAAGUCUUUACAACAACGCAACAGGGGAUCCAGCCCACGAUUUACACUGACGGACACUGACGCAAUGAGGCGGCCUUGUGCUCCUGUGCCGAGUCACGCACGCUCCAUUUCCAGAUCUUACCAAUAAAUUAUCUCGUAUUUCUGAAACACGAUAACUUAUUGACAAGUUCUAAUACAAGCUCCUUCCUUCGCACACAGCACUUCGCCCUCAGCUGCGUUCCAACCGACCCUUGGCGACUGCUCCCCUCCCGGCCAGACCGGCACUUCCGGGCGCGCCGCGGUGCCUCCUGGGAGCUGUUGUUCCUCUCUCGCAAAGGCCAUGGGGCCGCCUACGACGCAUGCGCAGAGGCUGCUCUGCGCAGCGGGGGAGAUCGGGGUCCAUCCAGCGACGCGGCUCCCCAGAGGACCCGCCCCUUUCUGUCCCGGCAGCGCGCUCUCUCACGGAGAAGCGUGCCGAUUGGAAGGUUAGCUCGUUCACGUGUUCCCCAGCAGCCAAUCAGAUUUUCCAGCUGCCGAAUGCUGCCUUUCCGCCGGCGCUCGGCUCUGCGAAAUGGCGGCGCCCGGGGGGCGGCGGCUGCUGUGGCACGGCCGGCGCUGGUUCUCGCAGGCCGAGUCCGCUGCUCCCCCGCAGCCUCCCGACUCGCUCUACCCGCCCAUAGUGGCUUCCGCCACGUCGAACAGCAAGGCGGCUAAGCGGCGGCGCCUGGAGCACUUCAAGCAGCGGGUGCACGCGGCGGCCUCGGUCGAGGAGAAGCUGCGGCUGUACGGGCUGCUGCAGCGGCCCAAGUACAUGGUUUACCCGCAGACCUUCGCCCUCAACGCCGACCGCUGGUACCGGAGCUUCACCAAGACUGUCUUCGUGUCGGGGCUGCCCCCGAGAGCGCCGCCCGCAGCCGUGAAAGCCCCGGGAGCGGUGGCGCCGGAGGCCGCGAAAGCCCCGGAGGGCGUGGCGGGAGCGGCACCCGAGGCCGCCGGAUCCCCGGCGCCGGGAACGGAGGCCCCAGCGGCUCCGAAAACCCCGAAGCCCGCGGCGGGAGCGACGCCGAGCCUGGAUAUUGGCGAGCUGCGCUCCCUCGCCUGCGACGCUCUCCUCCAGGAGAGCUUCUACCAAAAUAAGAAGCGGCCGUUCCUGUACCGCGAUCAGGAUCAUACGCCCGGCCCGUUCCUAACGCAGCUCGUGUCCACCCUCGCUGCCUUCCUGUCCUGUCGCAAUCCGCUGCUGGCUGCCUCCUCCCUUGAUCUAAACCCUGAAGUUAAUUAUUACUGGCAUCAUGGUGAGGAAGUUGUUGAUCGUGGAUACAGAAAGGGUAGAGUUGAUCCUGUGAGAUUUCAAAUAGAUGAUAACCCACAUCUCCAGAUACGUGUACCAAAGCAACUUCCAGAGGUCGUACCCCUAGAGGCAAAUCUUGGAGAUGUUCCUGUUAUCAAUCACAAACCAUCCAAACUGCCAUUGUUCAAAAAGCAGUAUGAAAACAAGGUGUUCAUAGGAUCAAAGGUAGCAGAUCCGUGCUGUUAUGGACAUACUCAGUUUCAUCUUAUUCCUGAUAAACUAAAACGGGAAAGAUUUAUAAAAGCACGUCUUGAGGAUCAAAUUGAAGUUGUUUAUCGAGCUAAUGGUAUUGCAAGUCUCUUUGCCUGGACAGCAGCACAGGCAAUGUAUCAAGGAUUCUGGAAUGAAGCAGAUGUGACACGUCCUUUUGUAUCUCAGGCGGUAGUGACUGAUGGAAAAUACUUUGCUUUCUUUUGUUACCAGCUGAAUACUUUAGCACUAACUGUAGAAACUAUUGAAAAUAACCCUCGGAAGAAUAUCUGUUGGGGUACAGACAGUAAGCCAUUGUAUGAUGUUGUGGAAGAUGGUAGUGUGAAAGGCUUUAAUGAUGAAGUUCUGCUUCAGUUGGUCCGUUUUCUGUUGAACAGACCAAAAGAGUUGUAAAUCAUUCAACAAUAAGGUAUUCUUGUUUAUGUGCCUGAACUUCAAUGUAACUCCAUGAAUUACGGACUAGAAUAUGCUUUAGUUUUAGUUUAAGCAAACACUAUAUACUUGAGCUUUAUUUUAAAUGUGUAAUACUGUACACUGAAAAAUAAAUGUCUAGAAUACCUCGA